ACAAGCCCUUAUAGGAAAACACUUAUCUCCUUCCAUGGGCAGGAUUCUUAAGCUAAGCUAGGGUUUGGACGAUUUAAGGAUUUUCCGAUUUCGCGGCCGGUCGAACCAUUCCGUAUCCUCCUCAUUUCUCGCUGUCUCUCUAUUCUCUUCCCGACACAGUAGCACCAGAGAGAAAUUGUUAUUUGGAUACCUGGUAGAACUAACAACGUCGGAUCGAUGGCGCAUAGGUUGUUGAGGGAUGUCGAAGCAGACGGAUGGGAGCGAUCGGACUUCCCCAUCAUAUGCGAGUCCUGUCUAGGUGACAAUCCGUAUGUUCGAAUGACAAAGGCAGAUUAUGAUAAGGAAUGCAAGAUUUGUACGAGGCCCUUUACUGUUUUUAGAUGGAGGCCAGGGCGUGAUGCAAGAUAUAAGAAAUCUGAGAUUUGCCAGACUUGUAGCAAGCUGAAAAAUGUCUGUCAAGUGUGUCUUCUAGAUCUUGAAUAUGGAUUGCCCGUUCAAGUUAGGGACACUGCUCUGAGUAUCAAUUCAAAUGAUUCCAUUCCGAAAAGUGAUGUGAACAGGGAGUACUUUGCCGAAGAGCAUGACCGCAGGGCAAGAGCUGGUAUAGAUUAUGAAUCUUCGUAUGGGAAGGUGCAACCAAAUGAUACAAUUCUGAAACUUCAGAGAACAACCCCCUACUACAAAAGGAACAGGGCUCAUGUAUGCAGUUUUUAUGUAAGGGGUGAAUGCACAAGAGGGGCGGAGUGUCCUUAUAGGCACGAGAUGCCUGAAACUGGAGAAUUGUCUCAACAAAAUAUUAAAGAUCGCUACUAUGGAGUGAAUGACCCAGUGGCACUGAAAUUACUUGGCAAAGCUGGUGAAAUGCCGUCGCUGGAAGCUCCAGACGAUGAGAGUAUUAAAACCCUGUAUGUGGGAGGAAUUGAUGCCAGAGUCUCUGAACAGGACCUGAGGGAUAAUUUCUAUGCACAUGGAGAAAUAGAAUCUAUAAGGAUAGUUAUGCAAAGGGCUUGCGCAUUUGUAACAUACACAAGUAGAGAUGGUGCAGAGAAAGCAGCUGAAGAACUGUCUAACAAAUUGGUGAUAAAGGGUUUGCGGCUAAAGCUAUUGUGGGGCAGACCACAAGCACCAAAGGCAGAAGGUGCAGAAGAAUCAUCUGAUGGAUCCAAAUCGCAGGUGGCUCAUAGUGGUAUGCUUCCUAGGGCUGUCAUAUCCCAGCAGCAGAACAACCAAAAUCCACCCGGGGCAGAUGAACAACAACCACAGCCAAUUCAUUAUUUCAAUAUCCCACCGCCACCAGGCCCACCACCGCCUCAGGCUCAGCAGGAACGUUCUUAUUAUCCAUCAAUGGAUCCUCAAAGAAUGGGUGCGCUGGUUUCAACUCAGGAGGGUGGUCCUGUUGAGAAUAGGACUGGUUCUGAGAUGCCUCGACACUAUGCUGCUGCUUAUCCUCCUCUUCCUCCCAACUAUCCUCAAGGUGGUCAGUUUAACCAGCAGCAGCAGCACUUUUAUCCUCAGUAUGGAUUUAUGCAACCCCCACCGCCUCAACAUUAUCAGCAGUAUCCUCGGCCGCCUCCGCCACCUUACCCAUCCACCUUGCCCCCUCAUCACCAGGUGGCACCGCCACCCCAGCAGCACCAGCAUCAGCAUUCUGGGGCAUCAGGAUCAUCAUCGUCACAACAGCAGCAGGCGGCACCGCCACCCCAGGAGCACCAGCAUCAGCAUUCUGGGGCAUCAGGAUCAUCAUCGUCACAGCAGCAACAGUAAACAGUGUUUGAUUUGAAGAUGUCUUAAUCAAGAUGAAUGUUGUUCCGUUGUCUUCUUGUAGUAUGAAUAUUUUCGUUUCCCUGGAAUGGUUUGGUACUUUUGUUUGUUUCGGAUCAGUUCAGUCGAAUUCUGGUGACAUUCACUGCACUCUUAAAUGUCUUUACUUUUGGACCUGUAAGGUUUUUAUGACUUCCA